AUGGUAGAGGCUAUUCGUGCUGUCAAGAAACCGGAAAACGUCACCGAGUUAAAAUCAUUUUUGGGUAUGGUCAAUUAUUACGGGAAAUUCGUUCCGCAUUUGGGGCAAAUGCUGAAGCCAUUGUACGAUGCUACUACGAGACAAAAUUGGACAUGGACUACCAGGGAGGAGGCUGCUUUCAACGAAAUUAAGGAGGAGAUUGCUUCGGAUAGAUGCUUAGUGCAUUAUGAUCCUGCCAAAAAACUCAAAUUGGUUGCCGAUGCAUCUAAAGAUGGAAUAGGUGCUGCACUUCUUCAUGUUUUUCCAAACGGGGAUGAAAGACCCAUCGCUUUUGCUUCAAGAAUUCUACGAUGUUCCGAGAAAAAUUAUUCCGUGAUUCACAAGGAAGCGCUCGCUAUUUACUGGUCUGUAUGUAAAUUUUAUCAAUUUUUGGUUGGAAACAAAUUUAUGUUAUGUUCAGAUCACAAACCAUUGUUGGCGUUAUUUGGGGAGAAAAAUGGCAUUCCAAAAAUGGCAGCUGGUAGACUGCAACGUUGGGCUGUUUUUUUAUCUUCAUUCGAUUAUACCUUGGAAUACAUUAAAGGAAUCGACAACGGAGCGGCGGAUGGACUUUCGAGACUCCCGAGGCAGGUGUCUUCUGGAGUAGAUGAAUCCAUGGACUAUUUUAAUUUUAUUGUCGAGGAAAACAUUCCAAUCAAAUCCGAUGAUUUGAGACGUGAAUUGAGAAAGGAUCCAGUUUUAAGCAAGGUUUUUUUAUACGUUAGAGAUGGAUGGCCGACUCACGUUGAUCCUGAAUUCAAACCUUUUUUAACAAGAAAAGAUGAAAUAAGUAUAGAUUCUGGUUUACUUAUGUGGGGAUAUCGUUUAAUCAUUCCUCAAGUUUUUAGAUCGUCUUUGCUGGAAGAGAUUCAUGGUGGACAUAUUGGAAUUGUCAAGAUGAAGGCUCUCGCUCGACAGUACUUCUGGUGGCCAGGACUGGAUCUGGACAUCGAGACUUUUGGUAAGAGUUGUCAAGCUUGCCAAUCAACUGCGAAAAACCCGGAGAAGGCCGGAUUGAUUAAAUUCAACGAAGUCAACAAACCUUUCGAUCGGAUUCACAUCGAUUUCCUGGGUCCAUUUCAUGGUAAAAUGUAUUUGUUGACUAUUGAUGCCUACUCUCGUUGGCCUGAGGUUAUGGAGAUGAGUCGAAUUGAUUCUAAAUCUACGAUUUCGAAAUUGCGUGAAAUUUUUGCCAGGUUUGGUAUUCCGAAGGUUAUUUUUUCUGAUAAUGGAAAACAGUUCACUUCGGAAGAAUUUCAAACUUUUUGCAAAAUUAAUGGUAUUAUUCACAGAACUUCAGCUCCUUAUCAUCCUUCGACCAAUGGUUUAGCAGAGAAUGCAGUCGGAAGUUUCAAGAGGGGAAUUUCGAAGGCUAUUUUCGAAAAGGAUGUUUCAGCGAUGGAUUUACACACCUGUAUUUCGAGAUACCUUUUUUAUUAUCGAAAUGCACCUCAUUGUUCUACUGGGGAAUCGCCAGCGAAAAGAUUUCUAGGCAGAGAACUCCGAAAUCGGCUCGAUUUGUUAAGAGCUAGAAAAACGGAAUCUUCAUCGGAGAAACAAGUUCAAUUUUUCAAGGGACACCGAGAUGUUUCAUUUUCCGAGGGAGAAAAGGUUCUUAUUCGAAAUUAUAAGAAUCCAUUAAAGCCUACUUGGUCUCCAGCUGUUAUUCAGAGGGUUUUAGGAGAAAGGACAUAUAUUUGCAACCCUGAUCCUUCAGACCCAGAUUUCAAGGUCAAGAGACACACCGAUCAGAUUAUUAGUUCUGGUACUCGGGAGUCUAGAAAAUCCAUUUUGCAGGUUCCUGUGGAAACUCAGCGUGAUAGUGCGGAAAUUUCGAGUGAUUCUUUACUCGAGCCUUUACCAAGUGAAAUUGUUUCAUCGAGUGAAAACAAGGACUUUAAUUCUUUGAAUGGUAAAACCGCGAGUGAUGGACUUUUGACAUCGAAUGAAAAACAAAAACUUUAUUCGCCGGUCAGUGUGAAUGAAAGACGUUCAGUGAACUUUAAAAAUAAAGUUUCUUCGCCAUUGAUUAACAGUCGACCAAAGAGAUUUAUUAAACCUGUUAAUCGAUUGAAUUUAUGA